GAACUGUUGAGAUGUAAAAGAAAGAUCGACUUCGUUAAGCAAAUGGGAUACAAUGCACCAAAGGUUGGAGCAGUGUCGAGAAGAAACGAACGAGAGAGAAAUCGAGUUAAACAAGUCAAUAAUGGUUUUGAGAUUCUUAGAGAACAUGUGCCAUGUAUCAAGAAAAACAAAAAACUGAGCAAAGUUGAAACAUUGAGGAGAGCUGUUGAAUAUAUCAAACUUUUACAACAGAUGCUGCAAGAGGAUGAGUCC